AUGCAAGAAGAUAACUGCGAAGCCUCCACAUCCAUAACUCAGCUUCUGAGGGAGAGCUAUUUAGCCGAAGUCCGAAUACAACAAGAGCACGGUGAGAAAAGCCGGUUAGAAGGUAUCCCACAGCAUUUUCAUUAUGGCAGUAAAUCUGGGGUUUCACAGGAGUUAGAUGGUCAGGACGAAUCCCCUGACUUGUCUGCAUUUCUGAGCCAGGAAGAAUUGGACAAAAGUGUAAACUUGGCUCAGCAAGCUAUUGCCCUAUGUUCACAUGAAGUUUUAGAAUCUACAGAUUCCUCAACUCUCCCAGAGAAAUCAAAUAACAUAUCUUAUCAGCACGAGAAUUUCACCAGGAGCCCCAGCAGCUCAAAAGAAAAUUACAAAGAAUUAAGAAAGCAGCCAAAGAAUACUACUUACUGUAGUGAAACAGAGUCUAAAAAAGAUUACUUAAGUAAAGCUGCAGAUUUCAUUGAGGAGUUAUCUUCGCUCUUCAAAACAAACAGUUCAAAACGACUUAAACCUAGAGCCUGCAAAAGCUCCCGAAGUAGGGCACAGGCAAAGUCUUGUUCACAAACUCAAUGUUCAAAUUGGUCUGUUGAUGAGAGAGAGAGGGCACACGUUCCAUUUCCUACACAGGUGUAUGAUGAAAGCAUACCAAAGGAAGAAUCUGAAGAAGUAGAAGAGGCUCCAGUUCAAUCUGCAUCUAUUGAAAAAAUAAGAAUAGAAGCUGAAAACGAUGAAGCUCAGUCAAGACCUUUAUCUAUUGAAGAUACCAAAGGAGAUCCACCACGAUUCAGUCAGCGACUGAAGAGCAGGGAAGCAACAGAGGGAAGCAGAGUCCAACUUGAAUGUGUUGUGACAGGAUUACCAAAACCAGAAGUGAGGUGGUACUGUGAAGGAAAGGAACUCAAGAACUCACCUGACAUUCAGAUUGCCUAUGAUGGUAAUCACUGUUCACUGAUCAUUUCUGAGGCCUUUGAGGAGGAUACAGGACGUUACACUUGCUUGGCUUCGAAUAUAUAUGGAUCAGACACGACAUCUGCAGAACUUUACAUAGAAGGUCUCACCUCAUCCGAAUCUGAACAUGACUCUGCAAAGGAAGAAAUGAGCCAGGUUCAGGAUAAGAUCCCCAUUGCUGUUGUAGAUUCAUCCCCUCCUCACAAUCCUCCAAAUAUUCAUUCAGAGUUUCACCAGUUACAUUGCCCAGGUGUCCAGCCUCCAGUACAACGUAUACAACAGUUGCAAAGCCCUACAAAUUUUCUCCAAGGAUUGGAUGGGCUUCCACUCAUGGCUGCUCCAGUUUUCACAAAGCCGCUGCAAGAUGUGACAGCAAUAGAGGGACAGCUGGUCGUGUUGGAAUGCAGAAUAAAAGGAGUACCUUUUCCGAAAAUAGAAUGGUACAGAGAGGAAACUUUAAUAGAAGAUUCUCCUGAUUUCCGAAUCCUGCAGAAAAAGCCAAGAUCAAUGAGUGAUUCAGAGGAGAUUUGCACCCUGGUAAUUGCUGAAGCCUUUGUUGAAGACUCCGGGAUGUUCACAUGUACAGCUAGCAACAAGUAUGGCACCAUGUCGAGCACUGCUCACCUUGCUGUCCGUGGAACUGAAGAUAAUAAUGCUGUUAAUCUGAAUGCUUCAAGCUCUGUGACAGUUGAGGCCACUGCAACAAAUGUGCAAGCCCAGCCAGAUAAAAUGCUGUUACAACCUACUGUCCCCUUUAAACCAAAACUCGAGAGCGUUCUUGUGAACCACCAAGACUACAAGCCUAAAGCUGGGUUGCGAGUGCAUUUUAAACUACCCGAAGAUGAUACAGGAAGUGAGCCUUCAUUUGAGGAGGGACAUGACAAAACAAUCAAACAGAAUGCCUGGAUAUCAGGACCCAUUUCACCCACAAAGGAGCCUCCACCUGUAUUUGCCAAACCAAAACUCGAUCCUCUCCAGUUGCAACAACUGCACAACCAGGUUCUACUUGAACAACAGCAAGAAGCGAUUGUACUGCAGUCAACAACACAACCAUCAUCCCUGUCCACCCCCUUGCCACCUGAAUCUCCAUCCACCAUGAAUAUUCCCACUUCCACUCCUCAUCAGUCUGCGCAGAUGUCCUCUGCCAGCAGGUCACCAAUACCAACCAACACUCUGUCCCAGUCAUUUAAUUAUACCCGUCCAAAACAGUUUAUUGCUGCUCAGAAUAUCAGAAGUAAUUCACCAUCAAUUUCUCCUCUGCCUACAUUGACUACAAUAUCUCAAAAAACAGAGAAAGAGACCAGUAGAGAAAAUUAUUUUGGAUUCCCACUCACACUAGCAUCACAACAUCAUGUUACAUCCCUCAGUUUCUCAUCCCCAGUCUCACAUAGUUAUUCAACAACAAGUGCAGUUGGACAAACUACUCCCUUUAUUCCACCACUUAUGAAUUUUCAGCCUCGGGUUGCAUCGCCAACUGGUGGCUCCUGCCCUAGUCCAGUUCACAACCCGGUGGCUUUCCUCAGCUCUGUGCUACCAUCAUUGCCCUCUGCACCACCUACCAAUGCAAUGGGUCUUCCCAAGAGUGCUCCAGUAAUUCCUGCACAAGGUGUCUUGAAGAAAGUGUUGAAAUCACCGCGAGAGUCCACCAGUGAUGAAAUACGUGAAAGCAAGGAUGCUGUAAUACGUGAUUUAGAUAGAAAAUCAAACUUCAAAGAUGAUGCUUACCACACUGGGCAGCAGGAAUACAAGGUGUCCAGCUUUGAGCAAAGACUUAUGAAUGAAAUUGAAUUCCGCCUGGAGAGAACUCCUGUGGAUGAAUCUGAUGAUGAAAUACAACAUGAGGAUAUUCCUACAGGGAAGUGCAUUGCACCGAUUUUUGACAAAAAACUCAAACAUUUCCGAGUGGUUGAAGGAUCACCAGUAACCAUCAGCUGCAAACUUGUGGGCAUACCUGUGCCAAAAGUAUAUUGGUUUAAAGAUGGUAAACAGAUUUCCAAGAAGAAUGAACAUUUCAAGAUGAGGCGAGAAGGUGAUGGUACAUGUACAUUGUACAUUGAAUCAGCCACUAAUGAUGAUGAUGGAAACUACACAGUUAUGGCAGCAAACCCCCAAGGAAGAAUCAGUUCCUCUGGUCACCUCAUGGUGCAGAAUACUCCACUCCGUGGUCGUAUAGUACCAGCUGUUCAGAGCCAAAGGACAAGGUCUCGUGUGUCAAAAGGUGAAGAACCUGUAGAGGAGCGAUUUUUCUGCCCCCAUUUUCUUCAGGCACCUGGUAACAUGGUUGCCCAUGAAGGACAAGUUUGUCGAUUAGACUGCAAGGUGAGUGGUCUGCCAAACCCUGACCUUAUGUGGCUGCUAGAUGGUAAACCUGUGUUGCCAGAUGCUACCCACAAGAUGCUGGUGCGUGAAAAUGGAAUUCACUCGCUCUUGAUUGAUCAUCUUACAGCAAACGAUGCAGGGACUUACACAUGCAUUGCAACAAACAAAGCGGGACAAAAUUCGUUCAGUUUAGAACUCUCUAUUGUAGCAAAAGAAAUUACAAGGGCACCAAUAUUUAUUGAGAAACUGCAGAACACAGGAGUAGCAGAGGGCCAUCCAGUCAGAUUGGACUGCAGAGUGAUGGGCAUGCCACCUCCCUUAAUCUUUUGGAAGAAAGACAAUGAGACAAUCAUGCCCAACAGAGAAAGAAUAAGCAUGCACCGAGAUACCACAGGGUAUGUCUGUCUCUUGAUCCAGCCAACCAAAAAGGAGGAUGCUGGUUGGUAUACAGUGUCAGCCAAAAAUGAAGCAGGAAUUACAUCUUGCACAGCUCGACUGGAUUUAUAUGCUCAGUGGCACCAAAACAUCAAACAGCAAAUAAGGAAAGUACAAUCUCCAAGCAGUCGGUAUGCUUCUCUUACCAGCCAAGGACUUGACUUUAAAUCUGCGUUCCCAUCAGUGGACACUCUGCAGUUUCCAGCCAAACAAAAUCCGAUGGAAAGUGAUGAACUGUGAAGUUUCUGAUGAAGUUAUUAUAUUUGCUUCUGCAAAACUUAGAACAGUGAACGUAAUAGAUAUCAAAUGAUCAAGGUUAACAUGAAGUUGUUUUUAAAGAGCUUAGUACCUUUGCGAAUGUGAUAUGCAACAUGGCUGAAAUGAUGAUAGUUAAUUAGAGUGUAGACACUACAAAGAAGCAAUACCAUGAUUUCUA